AUGGUUAUGCUAACAAUAAUUGGAAGGAUUACAGAUGGCAUGCCAAUGUCACAAGGUCUAAGGUAUGCCAAUGAAGAUUACAACAACAUACCAUACUACAAGCAACAAGCUGAGAAUUCAUUCUCAAAGAAAUUUCAAGAGCUUGUGGUACGUAUUUGCUUCAUCACAUUGUGUGAUUCUUCAUAUCCGAGAACACUAGCUUUCCAUUACCUUGAGGAUUUGAGGCAUGAGUUAGAGAAAUUUCAAAGCGAUCAACUUGUGGAUAAAAUUACUAGACCAUAUAGUUUUGUCAACUUUGACAGUGUUAUUAUCAAAAUUAGGAAACAACAUGUUGACACAAGAGCACAAGCUAAUCUAAAGAAGUUGAAUGCUAAUCACGGACAAGAGUUGGAUAUCACAAUAGAAACCAUGUCUGCAGUUAUAGAAAACAGAAAGCAAUUAGAUUAUAUGGAAAGAGUUGUGAUGGCUCCUCAAAUUGUUUCACCAAUAUGGGGUUCUCGGCAUCUUGAGAUUAUCGCGUUGAAAUGGACACCAAUUAGCAUUUCAAUUAGUGUUGUGGUCAUUCUUCUGUUGUGGGCGUCUUUGAUUUUGGCAGAUUACAUUGUCUUGUGCUUGUGACAUAACGUUGAAGAAAUCUCACAAUCAUUAUUUUUCCUCUCUAUAUAGUACCGCAGUACAGAAGAAUAUACAACACAACCAUUAAAUAGGUUGUCCAAGCUUAUGAACACACAAUAUAACUUCCUUUGAUGAUCAAAUAAUACCAAAGUUAAUAUUUGUAACUGAGAUGCAGAAGAAUAUGCAGUACAGCCAUCUAAUAGUUUACAAACAGCCUAGUCACUUAAAGACAGUAAAUCAGUAAUCAAACUACAAUCUAUGUCAAGAAUAGAGAGAAUAGUGUAGUGUGUUUUGUAUUAGAGUAUGAACAAGUACAUAUAUACAAACUAAAAGUGAUUAGGGCUCAACACAUUGGCCCAAUAACUAUACACUAAUAUAAGGCUUAAC